CUUUUCCUUCUCAUUCCAUUUUCCUUUCUUUUCUCUCGCGUUCCUUAAAAUCACUAACUUUUCCUCGAUUCUCAUUUUCUCCCGUGGGAAAGUAAGAGAAAAUUCAGGUGAAAGCAAAAAUCAAUGGAGGAAAAGCACGUAGCUUUGGAAUCGAUCCCUAGCGAGGAUCAAGAGAUCGCCGUGAACAACCUCAACAAUAGCACCGGCAACAACGACCAUGGCUGGCAGAAGGUGACCUACGCCAAGCGCCAGAGGAAGACGAAACCCUCGGCGGCGGCGGCGGUCUCUGAUUCUCUCGCCAACGGCACUUCCAAGAUCGCAGCCAACGGUUCCCUCGCCGGCGGCGAUAAUGUGUUCCGGUCUCUGGAGCAGCAGUCGGAGGAUCGGCGCCGGCGAAUUCUCGAAGCUCAGAGGGCGGCCAAUGGCGUCGCCGACGGUAACGCUCCGGCCAGAUCGAAGGCCAGGUCUGACGACGACGAUGACGAUGAGGACAGCGAUGAGGAGAUCGCGGCUGCGGAGAACGGAAAGCCCGAGGAGACGAAGAAGGUGAAGCCGAAGAAACCAAAGAAGCCUAAGGUUACGGUGGCUGAAGCCGCGGCGAAGAUCGAUCCAAACCAUCUCUCGGCGUUUCUUGCGGAAAUUACAGCAUCGUAUGAGACGCAACAGGACAUCAGGCUGAUGCGGUUCGCCGACUAUUUCGGGCGCGCAUUCUCGGGGGUGAGCUCGGCGCAGUUUCCAUGGAUGAAGAUGUUCAGAGAGUCAACGGUGGCCAAGAUUGCCGAUGUUCCCCUUUCUCAUAUUCCUGAUGCUGUUUAUAAGACGUCUGUUGAUUGGAUCAACCAUCACUCCGUUGAGGAACUUGGAACUUUUGUAUUAUGGUCUUUAGAUAGCCUUUUGGCUGACUUUGCAAGUCAGCACGCUGGUGCUAAAGGCUCCAAAAAGGGUGUUCAGCACGUUUCAUCAAAAUCUCAGGUUGCAAUAUUUGUGGUCAUAGCUAUGGUGCUGCGAAGAAAACCUGAUGUAUUAGUUUACAUAUUGCCAAAGUUGCGGGAAACUCCAAAAUAUCAAGGGCAAGAUAAGCUUCCACUUAUUGUAUGGAUUAUACUCCAGGCCUGUCAAGGAGAUCUGGCUGUUGGUUUGUAUGCAUGGGCACGCAAUCUCUUGCCUUUAGUCAGUGGGAAAAGCAAUAAUCCACAGUCCAGGGAUCUGGUUUUACAGCUAGUUGAGAGGAUCUUGUCUACCCCUAAAGCUCUUACUAUUUUGGUAAAUGGUGCUGUCAGAAGGGGUGAGCGUUUGGUUCCACCUUCUGCAUUUGAGAUACUAAUGCGAGUUACCUUUUCAGCAUCUUCAGCCAGAGUUAAGGCAACCGAGAGGUUUGAGGUUAUAUACCCCACCCUAAAAGAGGUCGCUCUUGCUGGCUCUCCCGGAAGCAAAGCAAUGAAACAAGUUGCACAACAGAUACAAAGCUUUGCUAUUAAGGCUGCUGGAGAAAGCACUCCUGAACUGGCCAACGAAGCAUCUGCAGUUUUUAUUUGGUGCCUGACCCAGAAUGCUGAAUGUUACAAGCAGUGGGACAAGGUUUACGAAGACAAUCUCAAAGCAAGUGUAGCUGUCCUGAAAAAGCUCUCUGACCAUUGGAAAGAGCUACCAGUGAAACUGUCCCCUCUUGAUCCUAUGAGAGAAACUCUGAAGAAUUUCAGGCACAAGAAUGAGAAGGCAUUAGCUAGUGGGGCAGAUGCUACUCAACAAGCACUCCUCAAGGAUGCAGACAAGUAUUCUAAGCUGAUAUUGGGAAAGCUAUCCCGCGGAAAUGGGUGCAUGAAAAGCAUAGCCAUUAUUGUUAUUGCCUUGGCUGUAGGCGCUGCUGUCGUGUCCCCAAACAUUGAGUCUUUCGAUUGGCAGAAACUGGCUACGGCUUUCAGCGGUCAUCUGUCUAUUUGAGGAGAAAGGUUUCUCUGCCUCAGCCGUCAAUGAUGCAAAGCAUCAAUUUCUUUUUGUCAUACAGCAUCUAGCGCGCGGGCAAAGUUUCCCCUGAAUAAGGUGGCAGAAGUUUCUUGUAUACUUUUUUUCUGCAUCUCCAUGUGGGGAAAGAAGUAGCAAAAAUAGUUGAAAGGUUAAUACCGCUUUAAAAUUAUAAGAUGGUUUGUGCCAUUUAGGACUUUUCCUUACUUUUUUGACAUCUCUUGGGAACACUUUUAAGCAUAUUUACCUCUGACAUCUAUAGUGCCGGCAAAAAAGCAGAAGAGUUGAAUACACUUGUAGCUUUGGUCUGGUAUCUAUAUGAAAAAGGAAUACUUGGCAGGGUCUUUUUCUUUUUUCAAUUAAUUUUCAAUUUUUGGUUCUGGCA